GACGCUGAAAUCUUUGAUUAUAACGAGAAAUUAGGAAUCUAAUCGGCACUUAAAUAAAUACACCAACCCGUAAUCCAAAUCACAAACCAAACACUUCUUUCACUGCCCCAAUCCAACCUCACCAAAUUUCUCUCUCCAUCACUCUCCUGUUCUAUACUGUUCUGUUCUGUUCUGAAAGUUUCAUGAUUUUCAUCACCUUCCAAGCUUUAAAACACACUUUGAAUCGUCAAAUUGUUUCCGCAAAAAUAACAAACAAAUGUCAUUCGUUUUGGGGAUUGUUAUCGGAAUCACCGUCGGUCUCUCUCUGAUCGUCGCCUUUGUUCGAUCCGAAAAUGCUCGAUCCAAGCGUCGCAGUGAACUUGCGACUACCAUCGCAGCGUUUGCGAGGAUGACAGUGGAAGAUUCGAGAAGGAUUCUUGCGCCAGAGUACUACCCAUCCUGGGUCGUCUUCUCACAGCGACAGAAGUUGACAUGGCUAAACGUUCAACUUACAAAGAUCUGGCCCUAUAUCAAUGAGGCUGCAUCUGAGCUGAUAAAAAGUUCUAUGGAGCCAGUUCUUGAACAAUAUAAACCAAUCAUAUUGUCUUCUUUGAAAUUUAAAAAGUUUACUCUUGGUACCGUUGCACCACAAUUUACAGGAAUUUCUAUCAUUGAAGACAGAGGUGAUGGUAUUACAUUGGAGUUAGAGAUGCAGUGGGAUGGAAAUCCAAGUAUAAUACUUGAUAUUGUGACCAGACUUGGCGUGGGACUACCUGUGCAGGUGAAGAAUAUUGGAUUCACGGGGGUCUUCAGGUUAAUCUUUAAGCCGCUAGUCGACGAGUUUCCUUGCUUUGGAGCUAUAAGUUAUUCUUUAAGAGAAAAGAGAAAGUUGGACUUUACCCUAAAAGUUAUUGGAGGGGACAUAAAAACAAUACCUGGCCUUUCUGAUGCUAUUGAGGGGACUAUACGGGAUGCUAUUGAAGAUUCCAUUACAUGGCCAGUGCGGAAAGUUGUUCCCAUUUUGCCUGGUGACUACAGUGACUUAGAGCUGAAGCCUGUUGGAAUAUUAGAAGUGAAACUUGUACAAGCGAAGGAAUUGACAAAUAAAGAUAUCAUUGGAAAGUCUGAUCCUUUUGCUGUGUUAUACAUACGCCCCCUACCUGAUAGAAUGAAAACCAGCAAAGUAGUUAAUAAUCAGUUGAAUCCCAUCUGGAAUGAACACUUUGAAUUCAUAGUUGAAGAUGAAUCCACACAACACUUGGUGGUAAAAGUUUAUGAUGAUGAAGGGAUUCAACAAUCUGAACUCAUUGGUUGCGCUCAAAUACAGCUGAAACAUCUCGAGCCUGGUAAAGUGAAGGAUGUGUGGUUGCCCUUGGUGAAAGAUUUGGAGGUCCAGAGAGAUAAUAAAAACAGGGGUCAGGUGCAUUUGGAGCUAUUAUACUGUCCUUUUGGCAUGAAGAAUGGGUUUACUAACCCUUUUGCCUCCAACUUUUCAAUGACCUCCUUGGAAAAGGUACUUAAAAAUGGUGCAGAAGGAAAGGAAGCAGUUGAAAAUGGAACAAAAGUCGAACAGAAGAAAAGGGAGGUAAUUAUUAGAGGAGUGCUUUCUGUUACUGUGGUAUCUGCUGAAGACUUGCCACCAGCAGAUCUUAUGGGGAAGGCUGACCCCUAUGUCGUGCUUAUUAUGAAGAAAACAGAAACGAAAAACAAGACAAGGGUGGUGAAUGAUAGUCUGAAUCCAGUUUGGAAUCAGACUUUUGACAUUGUCGUUGAGGAUGGUUUACAUGAUAUGCUAAUUCUGGAAGUCUGGGACCAUGACACAUUUGGGAAGGACUAUAUGGGAAGAUGCAUCUUGACACUGACAAGGGUUAUAUUGGAAGGGGAAUACAAAGACAGCUUUCAACUAGAUGGGGCUAAAUCAGGAAUACUGACUUUGAAUCUCAAAUGGACUCCACAACCAAUUUACCGAGAUUCCUAAUACCCUUUUACCGUGGUGGAGAUUGCAUAUUUGCUAGUGGUAAAUAUACUUCCGGCUCCAUAGAAGCAGCAUAGAGAGAACAUCACUCCGACACACUCCUGUGCAAUAAUUGAUCCAGAAACCUGGGGCUGUAAAAUUGUAAAGCAACAUUUGGUGUGCGAAAUUGUUUCGGUAAUGCGGAGUGAAUACAGGAAAGCUGUGGAAAAUUCUGAUGUAGAUUUGGAAGAAAAUAAAACCAAACAGAAGUAGGGUUAGAAAAUUAGGGGCGGUUGUAUGAUAUUUAGAUGUCCAAUCUAAUGUAUGUUGUGCAGGCUGCUUUUGUUAGGAACUUAUUUUUUGGCUUCUAUAUUUUCAGUUUUGUUUUGUCAAACUGUCAGUUUUUGUAUUGAUUCUUGCUCAAAAGAUUAUUGUUAUUAUUUAAAAUAGACUGGAUUGCCUCGCUUUCUCUUUUCAA